AUGGACCACCCCCGUGAAACCGCAGACCGCACAGCCAACCGUCUCGCGCUCUACCAGCAACACCUUUCCUCGGCCCCGCUCUCCAAGACCAACCCAACUCACCAACCCACAAUGGCCGCCCGCGACCCCAUCACCUGCCACUGUCUCAACACAUUGACUGGCACCCCGGCCGCAAACCUACCUGUCACAUUGACACUGCUGUCAACACCUGCAGCUUCCAGCCCCGUCACCUUCCACGCUACAACCAACGCCGACGGCCGCGUCGCAAAGUGGACGCCUGCAGGCGGUGCUUCGGCAUCUUCUGUCCCAGAUAUUCUGGCGGCACUGCCGGGCGCAGAAAGCAAGACGAACUGGUCUGUGCGCUUUGACGUUGGACCCUGGUAUGAGGCGCAGGGUAUUGAGAGCUUCUGGCCUGAGGUUGAGGUUAAAUUUACUGUCAAGGGUCGCGGCCGUGACGGAGAGGAGGGUUGGCGCCACUACCAUGUGCCCGUCCUUUUGGGUCCUUGGAAUUACUCGACUUACCGUGGAUCUUAA